GGUAAAUAAAAUAACGUGAUGAAUAAAUUAUAUUGUGUUCAUAUAUAUUCGUUGAUACGUUAAAAUUAAGCAAAUAACUAACAGACGAUGACACGAGACCGACAAACGUUCAACAAUCGGUCCGAUUAUAAUGAGCGCAUCAUUCAAAUGGAAACAUGGCAGCGGCUACAGGGUCGCAAUCGUCUACACAUGAACCCGCUGGUAUGGAGGGUCUUCGAAAUCCCGUGACCAGCCGACCACCGGAGGACAGCACGGGUAAAGAUCAGACCUCUAGCGGAGACCGGACAAAGAAACCGUGCAGAGCGUGUACAGACUUUAAAUCAUGGAUGAAAACUCAACAGAAACAGAAGUCUUCCGUCCCUGUGCAGGAGAGCACAGCAAAAGAGACUGAAAAAUCAGUUGAAUGUCCUCUGGAUAGAGAGGAAUUGGGCAGGAGCUCAUGGUCCUUUCUUCACACCAUGGCAGCAUACUAUCCAGACACCCCAUCUGCAUCACAGCAACAGGACAUGACCCAGUUCUUUAACCUCUUCUCAAAGUUUUUCCCAUGUGACGAAUGUGCAGAAGACCUGAGAUCAAGACUGAAAACAGAUCGGCCGGACACUAGUACCCGGCACAAUCUUUCACAGUGGCUGUGUCGUCUUCACAAUGGCAUCAACGUUCGGUUAGGCAAGCCAGAGUUCGACUGCAGCAGGGUGGAUGAGCGAUGGAGAGAUGGCUGGAAGGAUGGCUCAUGUGACUAAUAUCUACCAGGAUUUUGUGGACAUGUCAUCUAACAGUUGUAAUAUAUUCAGAUUACAGUGCAAAUACUUAAAUUAUUACCUUAAUAUGAAGAGCAAAGGUUAAAUAGCUGCAAAUGCCUGUAUGGUAUUUUUAACUGAAUAUCAAGCCUGUCUAUAAAUGAAUGGCAUCUUAAUACAGCUGAACUCUAACAGUAAAUGAUAAAGGUUUGUGAAUUUACUUGUGAAUUGAUUUGUGGAUCUGCUGAAAAUAAAAAAUGUUUUGUU